AUGAGCGACGUCGCGAGCUCCAUGCGCUACUGCCCGGACUGCCGCCGCGCCGUCGCGGUCGCCGUUGACCGCGCCUCCGGGGACACCGUCUGCGCCCUGUGCGGCCGCGUCCUCGGCCAGCGCUACGUCGACCGGCCCUCCGCGUGGAGCACCUUCCUCAGCCAGGUCGGGGGCAUCGACGGCGCCGGUGACCAUUCCCUCCCCCCCGCCGGGACCGCCGUCGCCUACCCCUCCCCAGGCGACGCGCAUGCCAAAGUGAAAGCGCCCGGCGACGCCGUGACGCACGCGGGGGAGGGCGCCUUCUUGGGAGCACCGACGAGGAAGCGCGGCGGCGCGGUCGGCGCCGGUACUUCGCGGGGCGGCGGCGGCGGUGCGCCAAAGACGCGCGGCGCGGUGGGGCCGGUGCCCGACAGGUCGCUCGCCGAGUCUUUCCACGGCAUCGACGACAUGGCGGCGCGGCUGGGGCUGACGGCGGCCGUCAAGGACCGCGCCAGGGACGUGCUCCGGAAGGUGGAGAACGCCAAGGUGUUUACCAGGGGCGGCAAGUGCCGGAACCGGCAGGCGCUCUACGCGGCCUGCCUCCACGUGGCGUGCCGCGCCGAGGGCACGCCGCGGACGUUCAAGGAGCUGGCGUCCGUGACGGGCGACAGCGUCACGGCGGGGCUCAAGGACAUCGGGAAGCUCUUCAAGCUCAUGAAGGACCACCUCAGGGAGGAGGACGGCGAUAAGGCGGCGGGGGAGAUGAUGAUGAUCGGCACCGUGGUGCGGGCGAGCGACUACCUGCGCCGUUUCGGCUCGCUGCUCGGGAUGGGCGACCAGGAGGUGGGCGUGGCGCUGGAGGCGGCGCAGAGGCUGGAGAAGAACCUGGACGUGAGGCGCAACCCCGACUCCAUCGCCGCCACCGUCAUGUACAUGGCCAUCGAGCGCGCCGGCGCCGGGAAAUCCAUGCGCGACGUGUCCACGGCAACCGGCGUCAGCGAGGUGACCAUCAGGGAGAUUUACUACAAGGACCUCUACCCGCACGCCAACAUGCUCUUCGGCCAGUAAGAAUGGUGAACUUACGGAAAGAAGUUUGAUGAAGACUAGCGAUGUUGAAUUCCCAGUAAUGUUGUGCGUAAAUCUAGCAAGCAAGUCGGCCUGGUUGUCCAUAUAGGAGUAUAUGAGAUCAACUCUAGGCCUUGGCGUUAUUUCUUCUUGUUCACUUGCAUUUAGCGUUGAUGUUAU